UUUCGUGGUGUGUAAAUCCGCCGGCCGCUGGCCAGUUCUUCACCGUGACUCGACCCGACCGGAUUGUGCCUGGUGUUCUCGAUACUCUCUAAGCUUUCGUUCUAAUCUGUUUGUUACCAUCUACCCAACUUCUCUUUGCCAAGUAUUAUUUUCUUCAUCGAUCCAAGACUGCUAAAUAAUAUUAUUUACUUAUUUUACUCAACAAUUACAACGAGUAAUUUAUUAUUUCUUCUUUGAUAUAAUAUUUAAAUUUUUAAUUGUGACAUGAAAGUUUAAAAUUUUAUCUCUUAUUACUGGUAAAAACGUAUCAUCGUUGAAUAAUGUACUCGCAGCUGGUUCUUUUCGCGCUCAUAUUAGUCAACGGUGCAAGUGUGAUUUCAAGUUACGGGUGUGGGAGAGAAGAUCAUCAGAAAUGUAUCACGUUAGCAGAUCCGUUGCUAAAAGAUCCUCAUCUUAUCUUCCCUGAUAAUAUGGAAGACAUUGAUUUAGUUUGCAGAUCAUGGGCAGGUUUUGUCGACUGCAUAAAGCGAUAUAUCGACCGUUGUUUCUCUAAACAAAGAAGAGAUCAAUUUAAUGCGGCGGUCGAAGCUCCUAUUUCUUCAGUUCAUCAAAUGUGCUCUGUGUCAACCUAUCAAGCUGAGUAUCUUCAACAUGCUAGUUGUUUAAAAGCAACAGUAACAGAGCCACAACAUUGUGGAAACGAAUAUAGUGCCCUGGUGAACGAAGUUUCACGUGGAGAAAUGGCGCGAGCUAAUCUCUGCUGUUUACAUCACCACUUUAGAUCGUGUGUAAUUACUGAGACACGUAAGAGAUGUGACAGAGGCGAUCCUUCAGGUCCAGCUUCAAGAUUUUCACGGCAAAUUCUUGACCGUGCUCUUAGUUUCCUACAAGAACAAUGUCAAAAUUAUAUUCCACACAACAGAGACUGCGUAAAUUCAGUAACUGAUACUACGAUCCCACUGUCAGUUAGUUCCAUCGACGAAAGCUCUAGCAUCUCCAGUAGCCGAGGUGUCAGUCGUCGUCCUUAUCACCGUACAUUAUCUCCUGACAGCUAUUCUGGUCAAGCAAGCACUUUCCACGGAGCAAGUACUAGUGCAAUAAAUGGUCCGACUCCAUACAGGAGCACCGGAAGAUCUCUGAAUGUUCUGCCAAUGAUUUAUCACUUUGUAGAAAAUGAAGAGUUUGACAUUCGCCCUGCACCGACGAUCGUCGCCUCUGAAACUCAGCGGCAGUCGACUACAGAAUCUCCAAUUCCCAGUUCGGAAUCCGCGACACCUAAGAGUACUGCCAGCUCAGCCACAGAGCCUGAAACUAAAUUGACCGAAGAGAAGAAAGAAUCUUCGACGAUUGCCCAUAGUAUUGAAGAACCGGCUGUCGUUGUAACUCAGCGGUCACAAAAUUAUGGAAGAGGUAUUUCUUGGACUACACCUACUCCAAAAGUCACUACGGAAAUUCCAGCAUGGGCUACUAGUUCUUGGGUAACUUCUAAAGAUGAAUCAGUAACUGAAUCAUGGUACCCAGACGCUGGGAGUUUUGGCGGAAACAAUCUCGAUGAACCAAACCAGCAAGGUCUGAGAAAUGGACAAUCUCGAUUAAGAAUGAAUUUAUGUCUAACAGUUAUUUUAAUUUUCGCGAUUUAUUCAAUGUAAAUUAAAUUACUUUAAAUUAAGUAGAUCAUCGAAUCUUGUAUAAAAAUUAGAAAUUUCAAGGGCGAGGCAAUUAAUUAAUUGAAUUAUAAAUAUAAGAAAUAAAUCGUGUUCCAACGAUUUAUCAUCAUUUCCAUUAAUUAAUAAUUAUAAUUAAUUAUUAUAAAAGUUAACUUAAAUUAUCUUUGGAAAUGUAUAUUGUAUAUAAUUAUAAUAAGAUUGUUAUUUUUAAAAAUUACGUAAAAAUAGACAUCGAGCAUUAUUGAGUAAUUAAAUUUUCAGUAUUUUAGAUGUAGAGUACCGCUCGUUCUAGUCCAUUUAAUUACAUAAUUUUAAUUACAUAAAAUAUUAAAAAAAAAAAAAUAACAAAUAUAUUUUUUUUCAUAUACAUCUUUUAUUUUCUUUUUAAUUUUUAUUUUUUUUUCUUCAAGUAUAUUUUUUCCGAAUCGGCUAAUAAUUAUAUACAUUAAAAAUAACGCAGGCUAGCACAGAAGAUAAAUUAUAACAUAAAAAUAAAAAAAACAUACACAAAUAUUUAUCGUUUAAAGAAAAAAAAAAAUUAUUAAUACCGUUCUAUUUUAUUAAUAUCUAUGUACAGUAACUAAUGCUGACUAAUUUGAAAAAAUUGAUUAAUAAAUAAUAAUAAUAAUAAUAUAUAUUUAUAUAUA